CUAGCUCGGCUUACGAGUCGCUCGGAAAACCAUUGCCGUGGUCAGAACAGUAAAGGGAAAGUUUAGUUAAGUGUGGAGUGGAGUGAGGGAACUCAAUCACGAAUUAGCCACAGUUAACGGCCUAACAUAUUUGCCAAAAGAAGUCCAUGUCUUUGUCUAUGCGGUUAGUAGAAAGUUUCGCUCAAGUGUUGUUAAGUGCUCCAAAGUUAGACGUGAUAGAUAAGUGCGCUCGUAACUGAAUCUCAGCCCAUUCGGAUCCUCACACAUUGGUCCUGUUCCGCAAAAGUUUUUUUGGCCCUCGCCCCCCUUCACUCUUCAUUCUAUCCGGGGCCUGUCAAAAUGUUUUGGCCCGAACUUUCCGUGCAGGAGGCCGCCAACAAUUGAAGUUUUGACAACAAAAUUUAGUUAAGCAAAGCUGCCGCGGUUUCAUAUUCUUUUCCGGCUGAACUGCAGAGUGGAGGUUGUGCUAUAAAAAAAAAAUUGCCCUGCACUUUUUGCAGCCUUUCGAUCCUUGUUUGGUUAACUACGUGAAACUCCAGCAAAGUGAACAGAUUGAACGUGUGAUGUGAAUGCCCUGCCAUGGAUCUAAAGACCGGCUCUCUCCUGGUUGCGCCCGCCGUGAAGAACUCCAGUUGCUCGCAUCCGCGCUACUCCGGCCACAACUUCAUCGCACACAUUGGGAUCGCGGAGACCAUCGAGGCGGUACUGAUUCUGGUCCUGACACUGGGCGUCAUCGGGGCCAACUGCCUGGUCAUCUUCGUCAUCAACAAUCGUCGCUAUGCGGCCUACAUACACCAACAGCCCCGCUAUCUCCUCACCUCACUGGCCCUGAAUGACCUGACAAUUGGUCUGUUAAUUACACCAUUUGGUCUAAUGCCCGCAUUGUUCCACUGCUGGCCGUACGGAGAGAUCUUCUGUCAGAUACAGGCCCUGCUGCGCGGCGCGCUUUCCCAGCAGAGCGCCGUUAUCCUCGUUUGCAUGGCCGUCGAUAGAUAUAUGUGUGCUCUACAUCCGCGCCGCUACUACCAGCACUCGAGCAAAAAGGGUUGUGUUGCCAUACUGAGUUUAACCUGGAUUAUCAGUCUGACGGUGUUUGGCUUUCUGGUGCUGCCCAAAGGUUACUACUUCAACAAUACGGGGCUAAUGGCCUGCGAGCCCUUCUACAGCAAGCCCUCGUAUCGGAUAUUGUCGACGUGCGCCCUCUACUUUCCCACGACGAUGGUGCUGAUGUACUGCUACGGCUCCAGCUUCCACAUGAGCCGCUUCCGGCUGAACGAUCCGACCAUGCCGCUCACGGCCGCCGCCCACCACCCACAUCCCCAUCCCCAUCCCACCGCCGCCCAGCAGUUGCAGAUGCAUCAACACCACCAACAGCAGCAGCAGCAGCAACACCAUCAGCAGGCGGGAUUGCACUCGCACCUCUACCACGGCCACUCGCACCAUCCUCAUCAUCCAAGCCACACGGGUCACCCUAGCCACCCUAGCCACCCAAACCACCCAAACCACCCAAACCACCCAAACCACCCAAGCCACCCCCACCACCAUGGCCACCCCAUGGGCCAUCUCGGCAUGGCCAUGAGCAUGGGACUGGCCGGAAUGCCGAACAUGACAAACAAGAUUACCAAAAAGAUUGUUCCCAUCCAGGAGAAGAACUCGAGCGGAUCCACCUCACGUUCGAUGGCUGCCAUCUCGCUGGGCUUCAUUGUGAUGGUCACUCCGUGGACAAUUCAGGAGAUAGUCACUGCCUGCACUGGAUCCAAGUUGCCGCCGUUCCUCGAUUUCCUGGUCACCUGGACGGCACUGAGCAAUAGUUUGUGGAACCCCUUCAUGUACUGGCUGCUGAACUCCGAUUUCCGCCGACUGAGUCGUCAACUGAUGCCCAACAAAUGCUUCCCCCACGAGGAUACGCCCGAGCACAAAUCAGGCUGUUGUCACAUCAAUGCUAACGAUUUCGAAAUCACAACGCUUCCGAUUCCCCCGGAACCGCCAUCAUCCCGACCUCCAGGAGGAGGAGGAGGAGGUUCGGCCAGUGGCGGAGGAGCAGGCAGUGGCGGAGGAGGAGGAGGAGGCGGAGGAGGAGUGGCCAGUUCCAUUGGUGGCUCUGUUUUGGGCAUUUGUGCCCGCUCGCGGGCAAACAGUUUGAGCCGCAGUGCCUCACAGUACAUCCGUGGCACGAUGGGCGGUGGCAUCCAUGGCCAUCAGGCGGCGGAGGCCUUCUCUGCCACACGGCCCGACAUCGAGGGCCUCUCCGAGAAGUACUGGGGCGAGAUCCUGGAGCGCACCGUCAGCUCUGGCAAUCUGAGCGCCAUGCAGAAGAACCUGCCGCCCCACCUGCCCUACACCCACCACCUGGUCCACCAGCUCCACCAGCCGCAGCAGCACCACCAGCAGCAGACCACCUCCUUCAGCAAGGCCAGCGAUCUGCAGCUGAAUCUGAAUCUCAGCCAGGCCGCCACGGCCGUUGAUCUGGGCAAGUUCUCCAACUCGGAGCCCAAGUUGUGUGAGCACCUCUUCCACGAUGUCAACUGUGCCAAGAGCAAGGCCGCCAAUGGAGGGGGAGUCCUGGAUCUGGAGUCCUCCGGCAAACUGGCCUGUGGGCGCAGCAUUCCGGACAUUUAGUACGCAGAGGAUGUGAUCUUGGCCAAGAGCCAGCUGCUGGCCCGCCAGGCCCAGAAGUGCUCCCACCAUCCGCUGCACCAGCAGGCCAAGAUUAGGACCCAUCCGCACACGGGCAGUCUGCGUUUCAGCCGGAUUCGGGCCGCCUGCCACAGUCCGCCGCCGGAGAAGUCCGGCUUUCCACUGGCCGAGUACCGCAAGUAGGAUUGGGAGUCCCCAGGGGGGAAGGUCCAACCAGGCGGGGAUUGGGGAGUGAGAUCGAGCGAGUAUCCAUAAGCUUCAUUAGGUGUAUGUGCGUGUGAGUGUCUAUAUAAUAUCGCAUGAGCAAACCAUAAUAUGUGUGUUGUCUAUUAGGCUUAAGAACUGCGAGUCGGGCUUUCAGUUUCACAGAAAUUUUGGCUUCAUUUAAUGUUAGAAUUUUUACUUAUUUAGCCACUGGAAUAGGUUAUUUUAAAUGUAGCUUAUUUGGUUAAUGCCAUUUUCCAUUAUCAGCUACUUUCCUUUGAUUAAACAAAUUUAAAUCUAAUAAAAUCUGUGAAAAUGCAAAGCCUAUGAAGACCCCUAAAAGCAUGGGAUUGGCAAUAAUUUCUUUGAAUUUUUUAAUUUACAAAUCUGAUUAGCUAGACUGUUACUUUUUCUACUUUAAGCUUUUGCCUUCCAUAAGCUACUUUUACGACUAUGCCCCUCCAAUCGGAAUCAGCCAAAUUAAGCAGAUGUUAACCAUAGUAAGUGUUCAUUCAA